CAAGCCUCCAACAAUUCUCCCACACUCCUCAGAUUCCUCCAUCAGGAAUCAAUUUCAUCGAGAUCGAGCGACGACUCCAAUCAUGGCCGUGGAUGCAGUGGUUCCUUCCGACGAUGGCGGAGAGACGCCGCCGCCCACACAGCAACCGUCACCUUCACCGCCGCAAGGCUACCAGUUGGAAUCGUGGGCCAAGGGGAAGCGGUCCAAGCGCCCCCGCACCUCCAACUCCCCCUCCGCCUCCGACGAGUCGAUAACCGAACACCGCGCACGCUCCGAUGAGGAGCACCUCGCCCUUUGUCUCUUGAUGCUCUCCCGCGGCGUUCGGGGAUCUACUCUCCUCUCGGUGCCCCAGUUGCAGCUGGGGGACACCGCUCGACGAGAUCUCGCGGUGACCCAGCCGCCGAGGACUCCACAAUCCUACGAGUGCUCCGUCUGCGGCAAGGCGUUCCCAUCUUACCAGGCGCUCGGCGGCCACAAGACCCGCCACCGCAAGCCCGUAGCCCCGACAGCGGAGGUGGUUUCCACAUCGGCCAUCGGUGCCGUAAGAGGAGGGAGGGCGCACUCGUGCGCGGUGUGCCACAAAUCGUUCUCUACAGGGCAGGCGCUGGGCGGCCACAUGAGGUGCCACUACGAAGGCGUGAUAAAUGGCAACGCCGCCGCGAUCGGGGCCGCGAAGGCAGCGUCCUCCUCCUCCGCGGCUAGCUCCGGUAGGAACCUGACGCUGGAUCUGAAUCUGCUGUCUCUGGCGAUGUCGAGGGCUGUGGGUGGAAGGCGGAACAGGCCGAAGAAGAAGGGGAAAGAGGAGGAGGAGGUGCUCAGCCCACUGGCGUUGACAACAAAAAAACCGCGGCCGUUGACGCCAUCCGAAGGCGGCGUGGUUAAUAUGCAGAAAGAGGAGGAGUCGUUGAGCCCAUUGGCGUUGACGAUGAUGCCUUCCCUCUCGACGUCGAAAGACGGCGGCGUCGAAUUGCCGUCGCCGACCCUAAAUUGGUUCAGUUUCAUCUAAUUUGCCAUCUGUGACUGUUUAUGACAAAUUGAAGAAUCGUUAGAAUUAGGAUUUGUAAUUGUUCUUUAUUUGUUAAUCUCCCGUUCAUUGUUUACUGUAACACGAUGCCUUCGA